GUUGGUUUCUUCCAUCCAAAUUCUCUUAUCCCUCCUCCUUUUGUUAAAUCUGCAGCCUCUGGCUUCUUCCAUAAGUGUCUCUUCAUACAGAGAGCUGCCUGAAGCAAGUCAUGGCCAGUAGUGCUGGGUCAUUAUUUUUCAGAGCCACGUUCCUGUGUCUAUGUUUUACUCAACUUACAGCUGCAUUUUGGCUUCUGAAUGUUCUAUUUCCCCCAAGCAACACACCUGAGGCUCCUAUGAGAAACACCACUCCUCCAGUAAUACUAGUACCUGGGUUAUUUGGAAAUCAGUUAGAUGCUAAAGUGGACAAAGAGGAUGUAGUGAACUGGAUGUGCUAUCGCAAGACUGAUUACUACUUUACAGUUUGGUUAAACCUGAAUAUGUUCCUUCCCCUUGGAAUAGACUGUUGGAUUGACAAUAUCAGAGUGGUUUACAACAAGACCACACGGAUGGCAUCAAAUGCUCCAGGAGUAGAUAUACAUGUUCCAGGGUUUGGAAAGACCUUUUCAGUUGAAUACUUGGAUAAAAGCAAGUUGGCAGGUUAUUUCCACACCCUUGUGCAGCAUUUGGUUAAUAAUGGCUACGUAAGGGAUGAAAAUGUCAGAGCUGCUCCCUAUGACUGGCGCAUAGCUCCCAAUGGGCAACUGGAAUAUUUUCAAAAACUUAAGGGAUUGAUAGAAGAGAUGAAUAAUGAGUACAACCAACCUGUCUUCCUGAUUGGUCACAGCCUUGGGAACAUGUACCUUCUGUAUUUUCUUAACCAUCAGCCCCAGGAAUGGAAGGACAAAUAUAUAAAAGGUUUUAUAUCACUUGGAGCUCCAUGGGGUGGAGCUGUGAAGCCACUUCUUGUUCUAAUGUCAGGUGAUACCCAUGGAAUUCCAAUGGUUUCCAACAUCAAAAUCCGUGAGGAGCAACGCAUGACCACAACAAAUCCGUGGAUGAUUCCUACAAACUUAGCUUGGCCAGAAUCUCAUGUCUUUAUUUCCACCCCCUCCUACAAUUACACCUACAGGGACUACCAGCGUUUUUUCCAGGAUAUUGGUUUUGAGGAAGGCUGGUAUAUGUGGGAAGACACAAAAGGUUUAGUAGAUGGUCUUCCCCCUCCAGGAGUAGAAAUAUACUGCAUCUAUGGUGUAGGUCAUCCUACAGCAGAAACAUAUAUUUUUGGAGAAGACUUCCCUAACGAGCCUCCUGUGGAAAUUAAGUAUUCUGAUGGUGAUGAUACAGUACACAAGAGAAGCAUGGAGUUGUGCAAACGUUGGAUUAAACAACAAAAAGAAAAGGUGCAUGUAAUUGAAAUGGAUGGGAUGGACCAUCUCAGCAUGGUCUUUAGCAACAGGACUUUAAACCUUAUCAAUGACAUCCUUCUGGGAAGUGAUGUUUAAAGGGAACCAAUGUAUAGGGUUAGACAAAUAUAACUUUAGUGGGGAGUUAUUUGUAAUAAAUACAAAAGUAUUAUUCAUUAAACUGUUUGACUGCUGA